ACAUUUUGGUAAAAAAAUCCACUUUCUCAAUAUGCAAUGGGCUUUUACUCACUAUUCUCAUUUUCAUGACAAAAACGAUCCUAUAUGCGUGCAGUGUAUUAUUUGGUGUAUACAUGUAAUGUCAUUCACUGUCAGGACGCCCUUUUUGACACGUACCAACGGUGAUGACGAUUCUGGUUAUGGUUCGUGUCCUAAGGUCUUGAAACCAAGACUACCCAACUGCAGGACUAUAGUUGGGACGGUCUCGAUUAUAGUUGGGACGGAAGCUAUAAUUGGGGCGUAUAAUGCAUGUGAACGAUGUUUACGUGUCACUGUCUACUAGUAGUACUUCAGAGGUGGUAGUAUCAAAGAGAAUGUUGCUUCUCGCGCAUGGAAAAGUUGUGCAUUUGAACUGUUUCACUAUGAUUUCUCUUGUGAUUGUGCUUGGUUUAACUGGCCAAGUGUUAGCAUUGCACAAUGACGGAGGACCAACCGAUAGGCCUAGCGCUAGCAGUAGCACAUCAUGCUCACCAUGUUCGCAGACCCAUACUAGGCCUACUACGUACUAGUAGUACUAGCGAUAGUACUAGUAGGCCGAGGCCUGUUACAGAGAAGGUUGAGGUAUUGCAACCAACAGUUUUCAUUCCUAUCCUGGCAAGAAACAAGGAACACACUUUACCUACAUUUCUUGGAUGUUUAGAGAACCUGCAGUAUCCAAAGGAUCGCAUAUCCUUGUGGAUUCGGACAGACCACAACAUUGAUAACACUGCUACUUUGCUACAAGAAUGGGUGAACAAAAGUGGAUCUUUAUACCACCGUGUAGAUAUUGAUGUACAAAAUGAACCUCAAGCUUUUGAUUGGGAAAAUGGUCCAAGUGAUUGGCCUGAUGAAAGAUACUUGCAUGUGAUUACUCUGAGACAGAGGGCUUUAGAGGAAGCAAGAUUUCAGUGGGCUGAUUACCUACUAGCAGUUGACGUUGAUAACUUUCUGGAAAAUCCAAGGGUAUUACUUGAUCUGAUGACACAAGAGAAAACAGUCAUUGCUCCAAUGCUGGUAUCGACAAAAAUGUAUUCGAACUUCUGGGGAGGAACGAACCAAAAGGGGUACUACAGAAGGACGGAACAGUACGUUCACAUAUUGAAGAGAAAUUUCACUGGUGUAUUUGAAGUGCCCAUGGUACAUUCUACGUAUCUCAUUAAUCUGCGUCAUAAAAUCUCGGUCCAGUUGUCUUAUAAUCCUCUUCCUGGCUUUACUGGUGAUAUUGAUGACAUGAUGACUUUUGCCUUCUCUGCUAAAAAAGCAGGUAUUCCUUUCCAUGUGACAAACCGCAAUUAUUAUGGAAGCCUCCUAAUUCCAUUAAGUGCUAAGAAGCCAUUAGAGUAUGAGAAAGAGCAAAUGCUGCAUCUGCGACUUGAAGCUAUGGUUGAUAAUGCAGGCUUGCCUUUAUCAAAACAUGUAUCAGUGCCAGCAAGGCAACAAAGCAAGUUAGGAUUUGAUGAAAUCUACAUGAUUAAUCUGAAGAGACGUCCUGAGAGACGGCUGAGAAUGGUAGCAGCUUUGAAAGACUUAGGAAUAGCCUUCAAAAUAGUGGAUGCUGUUGAUGGAAAAGCAUUGACGGAUCAGGACCUGGAAGAUUUAGGAGUUGAUAUGUUACCUGGUUACAGAGACCCCUACUAUGAACGUGUUUUGACCAGAGGAGAGAUUGGCUGCUUCCUUAGCCAUUACUUCAUAUGGCAAGAUGUGGUGAGAAAUAACUACAAAAAAAUCUUGAUAUUUGAGGAUGAUGUGAGAUUCAAAGAGUCAUUUAGACCAAAGAUGGAAGAAUUGCUACAAGAAAUCGCACAGAAAAAUCUGGACUGGGAGCUACUCUACAUUGGUCGCAAAAUAAUGGAAAGGGACUAUGAGAAUUAUGUUGAUGGUUUCAUGCACGUCGUCAAACCAAGCUACACAUACUGGACUCUGAGCUACAUGCUUACUUUUGAUGGAGCCCAAAAGCUGUUAUCACAAGAGCCCCUGGGAAAGAUGAUACCAGUUGAUGAGUACAUACCAAUCAUGUUUGAUGUACAUCCAGAGAAUGACUGGGCUCAUGCAUUUCAUCCGCGUGACCUCAAAGCAUAUUCGGUCAACCCACUUCUUGUGGAACCAACACACUACACUGGGGAAGAGAAAUACAUCAGUGAUACAGAAACAAAGGACAUUUGGGAGUAUGUUUUGCAAAGAGAAGGAACUUCAGAUAAAGCUGGUUUUAGUAAGCAGCAAAAGGAUGCCAGUGAUGACCCAAAAUCAAGCAAAGGAAGACUAGAUUUAAUGGAACAACAUGAAGAUGACAAGCACACAGGAAACAAGGUGUGGAAUGAUGGACAAAGGAUGCAUGGACAUGGUACAAUGCCGAGUGCUGAUGACAGUUUAAAUGGCACUCAUGCUGUAGAACUCACUGCAAAUAAGAAACUAGAUUCUCAAGAUAGUUCAGCUGAGUCAUCUAAUCCUGAUGCUGAAAGGGACAGAGCUGCUUCUGAGGACAUAAAUACUCACACUGAGUUAUGACAUCAACCAACACAAUAUCCUCAAUAACAAGAUGAUAGUUGAGACUAUAUUAGGCGCAUUACACUCUCUUACUGAAUGAACUUUCAACAGCUGGUGCGUCCCAUUUCUUGUGUGGUCCAGUAGCUAAAAAACUUUCAUUUUAUAGAUAGAAAUUAAUAGCAUAAAAUGCCUCUUUACCUGAAAACUUAAUAGGACAUGAACACAGGACAAUAGGACAUAAGAUGGAAAAUAGUCACAAAUUUCAAUAUGACACAUAGUGCGGGAAAUAUUAAAAAUGACUUCAGUGCUGUGUCCAUAUGGUAUGUUAUACUCACAAGUUCAAAGGUUUUAAUGAAUACAAUUCUUGGUUCUCUCCUCUCCUUUUUUUCAGUGGAACUGUGUCAGUAAAAUUUGCGUUAUGAUUCUCAAAAGCAUGCAUUUUUUUAAAAGUAGUAGGUACCAAGUACAUAAAGCUGUAUGUAGCUUGUCUUAGAUGAACCAAGGGUUGUUAAAGAAUUAAUAAUUCCGGAGAGCAUGGAGGUUCCAAACUGCUUUUAUGUAUGCAAGGAAAUGAUUUACAGGGUAGUCUAUGUACAUAUAUGAGGUAGUAAUACUGUUAGCAAGUAAAUUAUAAUUUGAGCUUUUAAGCUUUUCACGAUGAAGUUGGCAAGUUAGUGAGAGAGGUUUGCAGUAGCACCAUGCAAGGGUAUCUCUUGUUGUCAGGCAAUCUCCUGAUGACGGACAGAGCAUACAGUCCUAAACAUUGAGUACCUCCUGGUUCUCUACAGAACCACACGUACUCCUAAGUUAUAAUCAGAGUUAUAAUACAAAAUAAGAAUAACAUGUCUAGAUUUCAAAUUACACAUAUUUCAAUUUUAACGUAACAGUUGUCACAAUAAGGUUGCCAUUGUGUUGAUUUUUUUCCAUUAAUAUGCCUCAUGUAAGGUGUGAUAUAUUGGCUAGGAAUGGUGCUAAUUUUCUUUUAUGUCAUCAUAAAUACCUCAGUUUACCCAGUCCAACAGUCGACAGACAGCCCUUCAUGUGGGUGGUUUUAACAGAUGGCAAAACUACCAACUGGCUUUAAACACUUUCCCAAUUUCUAUGAGGUUUUUACUAAAACCACUUGUAUAAUUUUAUUUGUUGUGAGACAGGCAUGCAUAUAAAAUGGCCAAUUAGUCCAUAUUUCACAGAGCCAAAAGAUUACUACACCACCACUGCUGCACUCUUCAUCUCAUCAUGCAGUGCCAACGAGUGAGUGCCAAUUUCAGUACAAGGAGAUUCAGCACUCGCAUGCAAGAGGCACACAUUGGUACCACAGGAGGGGUUUUAUAUUUUCCUGCAUUAAAUCGCAUACCCAAAGUGGCAGCCAAUCUGAUGAGGUUGUUGAGAUCAGCUGGCAUUAAUUUCUCAUCUUCCCUAUGAGGCAGUCAUCAGCAAAUCUUGUUUCACUCCUGACAACACAUUAGAUGUCAUUUAUGAAAAGAAGAAAUGAAUGUGGUCCCAACACAGUCCCCUGUGGUGCACCACUGAGAACAGCCUGUUGCUAAGAAACACAACAAUCCACUGUUUGAUUUUGCCCCUGAUCAGUGAUGCCAUAACAAUUGAUCUUAUGAAGACGUUUCUGAUGCGGUAUCAUAUUGAACACCUUUGAAAAAAUCGAAAACUGCUAUAUCAGUGAAUAAACCAUUGUUGUGAUUACAGGCUAGAUCAUGAUAAGUUAAGAUCAGUUGACUCUCACGAGAGCACCUUCUAUGGUAAGCAUGUUGAUUCUCUGCUAGAAUUUUGAACUGGUCAGCAAUGUGCUCCAAUAAUUUGCAGCACACUGAGGUCAAAGACAACAAUCUGUAAUUCACUGGGUCCAAUUUGAUACCCUUCGUAAACUAGGGUUAUAUUGGUUUUCUGUUAGUUGCUCGCCUGUGUCCACAGAUUGUUGGAAGGUGUGUGUGAGAAAGGGGGUGAUCUGUUCUACUGCCAGUUGGAGAGUUCUGUUUGGUAUUUCAUCCAGCCCAACUGCUUUGGAGACAUCCAUUGAACUUAUUGGGAUCAUUAGUAGCUGUCAUGUUGUCCACAUACAUGUAAACCUGAUGAGCUUUGCAGAGAGCACAAUCCACAUAUCUGUGAAUGGACUUAAAUUUAUCUCAAUCAGAUUAUUGACUGAAUUUUUGGCAUGGACAUAGUCUUUUUUUUUUUCAAUUGAGACACAAAAUGUGAGCGGACAACCAUCGUGGCGUCACUUUCCUUUGAACAGUCUUCUGCGGCACUAAUUCCUUGACAAUGUUGUUUAAGCAAUUCCUAAAAAAGGCCCAGUUUGAUUCAAUAGUACAUGUUGGUCUGGGUCGUAAAAAAACAUCUCUCAGUGCAGCUGUAGCCACUCCAAAAUUUGCUUCGUCUGCACUUUUCCGCUUAACCCUAACAGUCCUCAAUUCCUUCACCUGUUGGAGGACUGAGGACUGUUAGGGUUAAGGAUACUUUUUGGUGGUUUUGAGGUGUAGACAGCCUUGAUAGAGAAGUCAGCUAGGACCGUUUCAUGAUCACUCAAUCCAGACACUGCAUGAGUGUUUUAGUUGUGAACAAGUCAAGCUUAUUCUCAAUGCAGGUGGUUGGAUCUUAACGGGUAGUAGAGCCAACCAACUGCUCUAGGUGAUACUCGUUAGCAAAAGAUAUAUUUCAUGGUGGGUAUCUCAAUAAUUUGAGAUUGUAGGCAAUUCUGUGGAUAAGUUGUGUCAUCUGGGCUCCAGAGUAUAUUGUUGAAAUCCCCUUUUAAAAUUAUGAAGGGGGAGUUUAAAUAUUGGUAUAGCCUACAGGCUAGACCAAUCAUCGGUGGAGAUAUGCACAUGUUUGCCAAGUGGUGUGUAGUUGAAUGCAUCCAAGGAGAUGCUUCAUGGUCUGCAUCAACUCCGGUGUUGAGGAGGCCAUCAAAGAGAUGCUGGUACAUUUACCACUAUACUAGGACACCAAGUAAUAUAUCUUGCCAUCAGUUAUAUCUGUAACUGGGAUGCUUUAUUUGGUUAGGUUUGUUUUUCAUGUUUCAAUGAGAAUGUAAUUUUGUUGCUCAUAUUGACAAAGGGUUUUUAUUUUUAAAUAACCCUUUUGCAUAUUAAAUUUGAAUCCAAUCUGAGGCAUUGGACUUGCGAGGUAUCGUACUUAUGAGGCUUCAGACUUAUGGAUUUUUCUUCAAAUGCUUUUUUCGGACUUAUGAGGCAUCGGAAUGAUGAGGCAUUAGACUUAUAAGCUGACCCCGUUUUCAAUGGAUAAGAAGGGCAUAAAGGAACUAGUUCAUUCUAGAGAUGGUGGUCACUAUGUGAAAGCUUACCCCGAAUCACAAGGUAUGGCAACAGUGUCUUUAGUCAGGGGAAUUUAGACAUUGUGUAUGUUCAAAAGAGCUUUACUUGUUGCAACCAAACAACUAAACACAUGAAACCUGGUACUGCAUGCAAAUAAAAACUGGUCUACCUACUGUGUGCAUUCCAAAGACAUAUUCACAGACAUUUUUGGCAGAGUGUAUUGCAAGAUCAAUUCAAGAUUGAAUAACCAAUCCAAAGGACAAAAUCAACUGUGAAAAUGAAUACAUUUUGCUUUUCAGUAUAUUGGUAUAGGUGUACUUCUUACACUGAAUGUACAGCUUUGUUUGCCUAUGUAUACAGCUUACUUCGAGUAACUUACUUCCAGUUGUUGAUGCAUCAGAUUGCUGAACUAAUGGACACACAAAUCCAUGAGCCUAUUUGAAGUGUAAUGGACACAAUAGGAGGGUGCUAGGUAAAUUUUGAGCAAACCAAUUAGCGCCCUUCCACUUUGUCCACCAUACUUCAAAAAGGCUAAUGUAAGCACAGAAAAUGUAUAGUUUUGUUAUAGAGUGGGUUAUUGACCUAUAUAAAGUAAGGAAAAUAAUCAUCAGACACAAAAAUAAAUGUUUAGAAAUGAACAGUUGAAAAAAUAAAUAUACAAAAGGUAUGAAUUCAAAUAACAUUUAUUCAACAUUGAUCGCAAACUGAAGAUUUUUGGGGGUACAUUUGGCUUUCGAGAGGAAAUCAAACUGUCUUUCAAAAAAAGUAUAGUUAAAUGAAUGGAACUGAAGAACGUGCAAGAAUGAGCGAGCAAAGAUGAAAUUAACAGGGAAUGUGAUAGCUGAUGAAUAAGGCUUAAAGAGACAAAUUGAAGUCAUUCAUUUAUGAAUUUGAACAUGUGCAGGAAAACCUUUUUUCCCCUCUCAUCUAAAUACAACGCUACAAGGAUCACCUUGGGAAGCCUAAUUUACUACACUUCUCAAAGGAAAUUCAUGGUUGUAUACUAUUCAUAAUCCAAAACUCAUAAAGGAGGAAUUUUUUGCAUGUUUUAUUUAAAGAAGGGUUCAUGAUGUAACAUAUUAAUCAAGUUUGUGGCUACUACAUGUACUUCCAUAAUAGCUGGCUGAGGACACAGCGCACGGUUCUUAACUUUUGUUUCACAAGUCUUAGACCUAUUACAUGGGAGAGAAGCCUUUCAGUGGACACCAUUGACAAAAUGGCCGUUUCUAUGAAAUCAACUGAUAUUUGGAUUAUAAAGACUUCAUGUUAAGUUUUCUAGGUAAUAAUUAAAAAUACUUUCUAACAAGACAAAAACAAACUUUGAUUAUAAUCAAACCUGAUAAGCAGCUUUUAUUUAAUGUAAAGCUAUUCUUCCUAAAGAGUAGACCUCUUAACUCUUUAGGAAGAAUAGCUUUACAUUUUCUUGACCUACAUGUGACCGUGAUGACCUACAGUAUUUUUGACACAAAUUUUAUGAACAUUGGAUAUGACGCAAAACAAAAGGGGACAAGUCACAUUAGCCAUGUUUCCCUUAUGGUUGUAUACUUAUGCUGUUCCAUUUCAUGUGCAUUUACAUCAGCGACCUACAGGUAGUUCAGUUCCUAAUCUUUACAAAACACCAUUAUUUAAUAUCCUUGUUCUCCCUGACUUCACACUAUUUGGUAGGUAAUUUGCAUUACUCACUCUUAUAAAUUAAAGAAUGUGUUCUAAAUAUAAAAUCAUGUCAGAUAUGACAGGGAGACAAAAACAUGCUUGCAAUAUCUUGCUAUGUCUGUACAGAGGACGAGGUACUACAGUGUACAUUGUAUAUCUGGAAAAAUGUUGACUUGCUCAAGUAAUCGGUGUGCUUUAAGGAGUGAAAUAAACUUCUGUAAGUUAGAAAGA